UUACCUGGGCAGUUGCUACCGAUAGUUGAAGUUUGUUGCGUGGAAGCGGUACCGUGAAUGUCAAUGCAACUGCCCAACAUGUAGUAAUACUACAAAGCCCAGACUGUCGCCACGACUUUCAGCCAAAUUUCAACAGCACCUGUAAAGUCUCUCGAUUUGCACUCGACACAGCGUACCAAGUUCUUCGUUACCAGCGUUGAGACCUCGAGAAGCGUCCCGAAAAGGUAAAGUUACCGAGGUAACUUGCGAGCACCUACCCCCUUCGUCCCAGAAUCACCUCGUACUCCCAACAGCAAGCACGGCGCACGAUCAAAUAAACUUCCACGGUACACAAACUCUCUCGGACUGACAAGACAACGGAACCAUGAUAGAGGUCAUCUACAUCGUCCGGCACGCGUUUCGCGCCAACUGGUCUGUAGACCCCCAAACGGGUAUCUACACCGCGUCCAUGGCGACCCCGACCGGAAUACCCACUGAUCCGCCUCUGACAUCCAAAGGGGUGGAGCAGAGUAAGGAGUUAGCCGAGUACCUGAGCAAGGUCGAACCGCCAGUGGACAGGAUCUAUUCUAGUCCCUUCUACAGGUGUCUGCAGACGCUCAAGCCGUUCAGUGAUAAGCUAUUCAAGGAGGGCAAGGCAAAAGGACGGAUACGGAUCGAUCGCGGUAUUGGCGAGUUCUUCGGACGGGCACAUUUUGAACAUCCUACUCCACCGCACCUCGAGCUUCUGACACCGCACUUCCAGAAUCUUGACGAUGAGUAUGCAUCUGUACACAUGCCAGGGUCCAACGGCGAGAUGAUUGUUGAGCUCCACGAACGUGUCAGGAACGCACUGGAUUACAUUGUCACUACUCUAGACAAUGAGCCCGAGCAACCAAAGACUGUCUUGUUGUGCACUCAUGCCGCGACUAUGAUAGCAGCCGGCCGAGUGCUUACUGGACAGAUGCCAGAAAACCCUGAUGAAGAUGACUUUCAAUGCUUCACUGCCGGUCUGUCAAAGUUUGUAAGAAGAUCAGCCGAUCCAGGCAAAGGCGUCGCGGGAAACUGGACUUGCGAACUAAACUCCGAAACAUCCUUCCUUUCAGGUGGAGCGGAGAGAGGCUGGCACUUUAGCGGCGAGGAAAGUUUCGUGGACUUCUCAGACACAGGCAUGAAAGGUGACGGGGAGUCGAAAUUAUAAGGUCGGCUAGGUAUGCUUGCUUCUUCAAGCUGGGAGAGGGUAAUUGCCUGCGAAGCUCUGCACUGCGAAUACCUAUGAAUUCAACCCUGAUUCAAGUCGCGCACACAUGCGACAGGACACUAUCUAGCAAAGAUUCGCGACAUUUGCGCCUAUGUGUGAAAAUGAGAGCCCCAUGCGUUCGGCUCUACUUCACCCCUCCCUUGCUAUAAAUUCUACGAUCGACCGUUCCCGCCCGACAAGUACCGAAAAAUGAUGUGCCGGCCUGUACCUGACCCACAG